CCUUAUUUCACUUGUAUUUCAAUUCACUCCUUGUAGCCCUCCUAUCUGGGCUGCCUCACUGGGCGCGGCCUCGUGUACGAUAAUACAUAGUAUUGGGACAGACUCACCGGUUUCCUGUGCAACGCCGCAUCUGGAUUAGACCAAUAUUACAUUUCCUCUGAUAUACCAAAACGCACUACGAUAGGAAUCUCGACGUUUCUACGGGACUGCACUUAUCUGGAGGAGCAUCAACUCCAAACAUUUGGACUUUGCCAUCUGGACCGCUUCUCUAACUGGACUACUCCAAACACUCCAAACACCAUCCAACACCCAGAUAAUCCCCAAAACCCACUAUGUCAUCCCUCCUCCGCCUCUCAACCGCCCUCCGCGCUCUCCGCACCUCCCACCCCACCACCAAACCCCCCGCCUUCUUCUCCCCAUCCCGACCGCCACCCCACUCCCUCAACCUCCCCCGUUUCCGGCACUACUCCUACCGCAACCCCCGCCCCUCCUAUGAAUCCCGAGUAAGCGCCAACACCAAAGUCCUCUACACCCUCAUGGGCACCAACAUCGCCGUCUUCAGCUAUGCCAUGUACCUCCAGCAGCAAGCCGCCCAAGGCUUCCCCGGACCCUGGCACCGCUUCCUCAGGACCUGGACCCUAAAUUUCUCAGAAUUCAAAACCGGAAGUUACCUACCCGUUCUCCUGGCGAAUUUUACGCAUGUGAAUGCAUUCCAUCUCUUCUCCAAUAUGUUUACGUUUUAUUUCCUCGGUCAGUUCCUGGCAUCUGCUGCGCCGCUCAUUACGCCAGCGAGGUUUUUGACGGUGGCAUUGGGAUCGGGCUUGUCUGGGGGGCUGGGGUACUUGAUUUCGAGGUAUUAUAAGAUGAGGGACCAGGGCCCCCGCGCUCGCGAUACCGUGAGGGGAAUGGGGUUUUCAGGCGUCGUCAUGGGAGUUAGUAGUGUGGCGGCUUGUUUGGCGCCGCAUGCCAAAGUGCUGAUUUAUGGGAUUGUGCCUGUGCCGCUUUGGGGACUGGUUGCAGGUUACGCAGUGUAUGAUGGGUAUUUCGUUAAUAGUGCGAAUACGACGAUUGCGCAUGGGGGACAUUUGGGGGGUUUGGCUUUUGGGCUUUUGUAUUAUUUUGCGAAGUUGAGGGGGGUGAGGUUUUGAAGGUGAGAUAAAAGUAUCAGCCAUGCAAAAUCUCUUGUAUUUUCCCUUUCACACAUUGUCACUUUACAAGGCAGCAAGCAUCACACCUGUGUCCAUGAACAAAAAAAACUGCAAACAACAUAAAUCUAUUACCAGC